AUGGAAGCACUCAAAUCAGUCUUGGACACCAGAAGCAGCCGCUCAGCAACUCCUACUUCUGCUCCACUGAAGGAGGUGGUAGCUUUAAAAUCAAAUUUCAGCAAAAUUCGACGUGCAUCUACUGAUAAUGAGUUUCUGGGCUGGCUCAUACAGCAGCGCGAGCAAUUAGCCUCUCCCAACCAGAGAGAUACUAUCAUAUAUGUCGAAGGGGGCCGAUAUCUGCCGUCUUUCGGUUCUUCUAGUGUUUCAUCUUAUUUGAGAACAUCUCUAUCUUCCCAUCACAUAUACUUGAAUGCUUUGAAUGGGAACCCUACUAUCGCCAGAUCCUUGGCGUCUCGGUCUUCACGCUCUUCUCAAGUGUCAGGCUCAAGCUCACUUCAAAGGUUCAAAGCAGCAGCGCUCAGCAGUAAAGACCAGCCAGCUUCAACGCCGGGGUUGGGAUUACAUGACCUCAUCCAACAUUGGGAGGACGAGGAACUCUCGUGGGAUGAUUAUUUCCAGGCACUGGAGAGCUCCGAUUUUAGGCGGGGUUUGAAAUCGACUAUGCCAACUUUGGUGGAGGAGGAAGAAGGAAAGUCAACAACAAGGGGGAGGAUAGGGAGGUUGCUUAAAGGUAAAGGUAAAGCAGACGCAGUUGGCUUAGAAUAG